GAACCCCCAAAAGUCAAUGGCAAAACCAGUACAGAAGCCUAAUACCAAAACACGCAUAGAUAUGAAACCAAUCUUAUGAUCAGACUUGGGAGCUUAAUCAGUGACUCGACAAAUGGCUUCCGCUUCCACUUCCACUUCGACGGGCACCAAUCGUUGGAGCUACGAUGUGUUCCUAAGUUUCAGAGGAGAAGACACCCGGGACACCUUCAGCGGCUACCUGUACAGCAAUCUUCACCAGAAGGGUAUCAUCACCUUCAUAUACGAUGAAGGUCUGAAACCUGGAGAGCAGAUCAAGCCGGCAGUCCUGAAGGCGAUCCAAGGGUCGAGGAUUGCAGUUGUCAUCUUCUCUCGAAGCUACGCGUUGUCCUCAUGGUGCUUGGAUGAGCUCGCUGAGAUUGCUCAGUGCAGCGAAUCCAAGGGGCAGAUCAUAAUCCCAGUUUUCUAUCGGAUUGAGCCGUCUGAAGUACAGGAACUGGCGGGGGCUUUUGGGAAGGCAAUGGAGGAGCACGAGAGAAUGUUUCCAGAUGACAUGGAGAAGGUUCAGAAAUGGAAGGAUGCAUUACGUAAAGCUUCGAGUGAUUGCAAUUGGCAUUUAAAGAACGGGUACGAGGCAGAAUUUGUUGAAAGAAUUGCACAGGACAUCUCAACAAGAAUCGGUCGAACGCUCUUGUACGUUGCUAAGCAUCCAGUUGGAAUCGAUUUCCAUUUGGAAGAGUUGAAAAUACUCUCAGAGGCUGGGCCAGAAGAAGUCUGCACGAUAGGGAUUUGUGGAGUUGGUGGAAUAGGUAAGACAACUAUUGCUAAAGCAUACUAUAACUCGAUUAAUGAAAGUUUCGAGGGCAGUAGCUUUCUGGCUAAUGUAAGAGAAACUUCGAAGCGAAAUAACGGUCUUGUUCAGUUGCAAGAAUUGCUUCUCUAUGAAACUCUUGGAAAAUUAAAUAACAUGAAAGUGGGCAACAUUGCGAGAGGGGUCAACUUGAUUCGGGAAAGGCUAUGUCGCAAGAGGGUUCUUAUUGUUCUUGACGAUGUGGACCACUUAGGUCAAAUAGAAGCGUUAGCUGGUGGACCUGAUUGGUUCGGUCUGGGAAGCAGAAUUAUCGUAACGACCAGGGACAAACAUCUGCUAGUUGCUCGAGGAGUAGGGAGAAGGUACAAGAUGAAGGGACUGAACGAUGAAGAUGCUCUUCAGCUUCUUAGUUGGAAUGCCUUUGGGAUUCCUUAUCCUCCCGAAGAUUAUGAGAGUGUUUCCUCCUCUGUCAUGAAAUAUGCCAAGGGACUUCCUCUGGCGCUCAACAUCUUGGGCUCUUUCUUGCGCAGUAGGAGUAUAACCGAGUGGAUAUGUGCAAUAAACAAGUUGAAAGAAAUUCCCGAUGCCGACAUUCAUGAAAUACUUAAAGUGAGCUUCGAUGCUCUCAAGCACCAUGAAAAAGUCAUAUUUCUCGAUGUCUCUUGCUUUUUCAAAGGGGAGAACAGAGAUCACGUCAUGAAACUGCUGGACAACUGUAACUUUUUCCCGGAUAUAGGUAUAGCGGUCCUUAUCGAUAAGUCUCUCAUAUAUAUCGAGGGCAAUGAGCUGCACAUGCAUGAUUUGGUCCAACAGAUGGGCAGAGAGAUUGUUCGGCAAGAAUCGCCAAAUCCAGGAAAACGCAGCAGGCUUUGGUUUCAUGAAGACGUGCUUCAAGUAUUAGAAGAAAACACAGGAACAGAUGCUAUUGAAGGUAUAUUAGUAGACAUGCCCGGGCCUGAUGAAAUAUUCUUAAGCGAUACAGCCUUUGCAAAUAUGAAAAGGCUAAGAUUGCUCAUAGUUCAUAAUGCUCGUUUCUCCAGUGGACCAGAUUAUCUCCCGAAUAACUUGAGGUGGCUCGAGUGGUCUAAUUAUCCUUCCCCUUCUCUGCCACAUAAUUUUCAUCCAAAGAAACUCGCUGUGCUGAAAUUGAAGUUUGGCUCAAUGGCUCAUCUGUGGGAUGGAUUAAAGAGGUGUUCAGAUUUGACAAUCAUGCAACUAGACAACUGUCAUUCACUACAUGAGAUUCCUGAUGUCUCGACCAUCCCGAACCUUGAGAAAUUGAUUGUCAAUCAGUGUUCGAGUCUAGUCAAGGUUCAUGAAUCAGUCGGGCUCCUGAAGAAGCUUGUGUUCCUGAAUUUUGGAGACUGCUCUAAACUCAGAAGCCUUCCCCCAAAACUCAGAUUGACGUCUCUUGAAACUCUUAGGCUCAGUGGCUGCACAAGCCUGGAGAGGUUCCCGGAUAUUCUGGAGAGCAUGGAACGUGUUCAAAGCAUCGAUUUAUCUGAGUCAGCUGUACAGGAGUUGCCUUCAUCCAUCGGAAACCUCACUGGGCUCCAACACCUUGAUUUACACUCCUGCAGAAACCUGAGAGCUCUUCCCAGCAGCAUAUAUAAUUUGCAAAGAGUCGAGGAACUAAACCUAAAAGAUUGCAUGAGGCUUCAGGAGUUUCCAGUAUUAAUCUAUCCCAAGUUGGAUGAAAAUAAAUUGACAAUGCCCUCGAGUUCAGGGCUAGAUGUUUCACUGAGGUGUGGGUUUCCUAUGUUAGAAUUCCUUGAUGCAUCAAACUGUGGCAUAUCGUCGUUGGAUUUCCUCGAAGCUCCAAACUGUUUCUCCAAGCUUGAGACUCUUGAUCUGUCGGAGAGCAACUUGGUUACUCUGUCCUCAGUUGGUAAAUUUUCCGAGUUGAAGAACCUACACUUGAAUGACUGCAAGCAACUUCGAGAAAUCCUAGAGCUUCCCCCAAAUAUAAACCUCGUAGAUGCGAGUGGUUGCGAGUCAUUGGAGAGGCUUCAAGCAUGGAACCUAAGAGCUACUUCCCAGUUUAAAGUCAACUUUUCCAACUGUCACAAGUUGCGCGAUCAUCUUGCAAUAAACGAGUUGUUGGAUAAGGCUUUUACUGGGGAGACUGAGUUUCACGUGAUAAUCCCUGGAGGUGACAUCCCGAGUUGGUUUAACCAUCAAUUUACAAAUCAUUCGAUGCAUUUCGAGGUACAUACUCGUUUGCAGGAAAAAUUAAUCGGGUUGGGAAUCUCAGUUGCCUUCUGUCUAGAGGAUAGAGUGUCAGCUAUCCUAAAGUGUGACUUAUCUGUCAAUGGUGAGCUGGUGGAAUCCUUGGCAAGUGAUCUUGACGAGGCACUGGUGUCGGAUCACUUGUGGCUCGGCUACUUUCCACUUACCCAGAAAUUGGAAGAGAUGCAGGCUGGUUGGAACCGAUUAGAGGUAGCAGUUAAAUUUGUGGAUUACAGUAAAGAAGAAUACGAAAGGGUGGUAUUAAAGGGUUGUGGGUACCGUUUUGUGGGCAACACGGAAGAGGAGGAAGUGAAUGAGUCUACAGCGAUUCGGUUCCUCUGUCCCGAGAAUUCAGGGGUCUUUCCGGAAGAAGCUAUCGACGCAUCGGUAGAUCUAAUGGAAGAUGUCCGGUUCACUGGCACAUCGGCAGAUUUAGGAAGUAACCGCGUUUUGAUGCGAAAGAGGUGCCGAAAUGGAACGGAUGCUGCAAGUUCCGGGACAAGUAGUGAUCUGCCACAAGAAAAGAAGAAGCGGUGCUACCGAAGACGUUGGAAACAUCGGAUUGGAGCUAGGAUGGGGUUGAGUCUGAAGUUAUCACCUUUCAAUAUCAGUAACAGAAAGAGAAGGAAGAGGAAAGGAAACUAAAAUCACAAUAUUAAGCCAAGUUUGGCACAGAGAGAUAGAGACUACGAGAAUCCUAAUUAAUUCCACAUACAUUUUCAUUGAUCAAAUGCCAAAAAUGACCUUAGAGAACUUCUUGUACUCAAGGAGGAUCAAUUAGUAUUUACUGAAUUUUAUGUUUCCUUUCCUUUUAUUUCUUGAAUAAGCAUUACUAUUUUUUCCCUUUCA